UCAAUUUUGGUUCUAGAGUAAAUAAACCUAGUAUAAAAUUGAACUGUGACAAUAUUUCUGAGGACAAGAAGCUGCGUUCUUUCAAAAAAAAUUAAAUAUCAAAAAGUUAAAGGUUAUUUAAAAAUGUUGACAUUUUCUAUAUUUCUAAACGAUAUAAUUAACGUUAUACUGGGAGAAACGAACAAAACACAGCGUUUUUCCUUUAGAAAUAUUGCAAUUUUAUGUUAGGUAUAUAUACUCUAGAAUCAAAAUUGAGCGAGUUCUAUUCAGACUGUGUAAACGCGUUUUGUUUAUGUCGUACGUGUGUAAGACGCAGCAACACGUGCUGGUAUGUCGUCCUUUUAAGAGGUUUCGAUACCGACCGUUUUUUGGACAAAAAUGUCCAUCCGAUUGAUGCACAACAAACAGUAAAAAUGAUGUCGGACCUGGAAGAAAUUACAGAAAAAUUGUCCCAAUGGACCGAUUGUAAAGGAGCAAUAGUGUAUGGUGCUGAUGGAAAUUUCUGUUCUGGAGGAGAUUUAAAUAUGGCGAAAAAAAUUAAUAACUCAUAUUACGGAUAUGCGAUGAACAUUUACAUUGGUCAUAUUCUCGACAAAUUCAAAAGGCUACCCAUUAUUACAGUCGCAUACAUUGAAGGGGCAGGUGCGCUAGGCGGAGGGGCAGAAAUAACGACGGCUUGCGACUACAGACUAAUGUGCAACGCUGUCGAUACCACGGCCAUAGGGUUUGUUCACUCAAAAAUGGGCAUAGUGCCCGCGUGGGGCUCCACUGCCCGGCUGGUGUCCAUCAUGGGGGUCCGGAAGACGUUGGACCUGUUGCUGGAGUCCCGGUUGUUUAGCGCCGCCGAGGCGAUGGACUCGGGUCUGGUGGACGGCGCGGUGGCCACCAUGGCGGACGCCGAAACGUGGCUGUCCCACAAGAUCAGAGCGGACGUGAACGUGAUCCGAGCCAUCAAGAGGAUGGUGCAGUGCUACGACGAUUCGCCGGAGACCGUGCGAAUGAUGGAGAGCAGGAUAUUCGCGCCGCUCUGGGGAGGACCUGCCAACCAGGCUGCAAUCGAAAAACACUUGAAACACAAAAGAUGAAACCUUCGGUGGUAGGACUCGACGUCAUUCAUAGACUAGUCUAAUAUUCCACCCAUCACCCGUCUAAAACCCGAUGAAAGUAUUUACGAUCGUAUUUAAAAUUACAACGCUUAUAGUUAAUACUAAAUUAUUACCCCGAUUGGCACUUACCUCUAGUUAAAAGCUCAGACCGUCACUAGAUUAAUUAUAUUAUUAUAAUAUUUAUUGUAUUAGUUAUUAAGACGUUUGAAUUCAAAGUGAAUAUUUAAACGGCAGGUAUCGAAUUUAGAUUUUUUUCUAUUGUUAUGUAUAUUGUAUUUGUAAUAAAAACAAAACGGGACAAACGAUUUUGUCUCAGCACUAAUGAAAAGUUAUUAUGAAUUGUAUAAUGAUUUUUAUAUUUUGUGAAAUGUUUAAAUAUGAUAAUGGCCCUUUUUUAUAGGGCCCAAUAAUAUAAGCCUAUAAAGGACAUAUGUCUCAUGCUAAUUGUGUUUUAUAACUACUUAUUACAUUUUAUUAAUUACAAUAAUUCAAUGUAAAACAGUAAAAAUAUUGUUUUUUGUCUGCAAGGUUUUCUUUUACACACAAUACGCACAUAUGGAAUAUGAUAAGUGCCCCUUUCGAAGUUGUUUAAAUAAGAGGACACGACGCUAAAAAUAAAUAACUAUUUCACUAUAAACGAGAUGACUUAUUGAAUUUUAAGCUAUAUAAUAUUAUAAAAAUAUUAAUAGUAAUUUUUUUAUUGUUUUUGAUUAUGUAUUGUGUAAAUUUGUGUGAUAAAUCAAAUAAAUAUUAUAAAUAAAAAUAUUAUAUACCUAGGUA